CAAUUGAUUUUUUGAAAGUAAAAUCAAAAUUUAUAAUAAUGUUCUCACUAUUUUCAAGCUUGUCACCAAAAAGUCGCUAUUUCAGAAGAAUGAUCACUAAACUGACUACUUUUGUUAUCGGGUUAUGACACGAGAUCAGCGUAUGAUCCUCAGGCCGCCUCACUGUUUGUAUUUGUGUAGCUAGCUACUCUCAUUCAGUAAAUACAGGUUUCUCUGUGUAUGAAACAUUGUGCAUUCAUGGGUGGAACAUCUCGCGACAGAGCGAUGACGAUGCCGUCGCCGCCGACGAGAAUAAAGCGGGAAACGCAAUGGGGCCGGCAACGGAACGGCAACGGAAUGCGGCACCGUUGCGGUUUGUACUAAAAGAAAAUCCGCAACACUGCCGCAUUUCAAAACGCAAUGAUUGCGGAUUUAACGGUUAUUCGCUCGUGCGGAUUGUUUACAUUUUGUGGUGUUUUCAUCUUUCGGAUCUGGUUUUCGCGUAGUGAAAUUCAUAUUUUGGCGAAUUUUAAACAAAUAUCCGCAAAAAUUUGAUGGCGAAUAUAUUAAGAGCGGUCCAAGUUGUUAAAAUGGUGCAAGCUGUGCGAGAGCUGCAGCAGCUUCGUGAGGAUUUGAAUCUUGCAUCCGAACGAAGAUGGUGGGUGCGACCUUCGAACCAGACCCGUUCCUCGGAAGGAUUUUUUGAAACAGCGUACCCGUUGAUGAGAAGGGAGGACCCGGAAUAUUUCUUCAAAUGCACACGAAUGUCCCCUCGCGUGUUUGACAUCCUGUUGGAUCGCAUUAAGCACCGACUGCGAAAGUAUUCGAUUCGCGAACCCAUAAAACCGGCAUGUCGGCUGUUCCUGACACUAAUGUACUUGGCUCACGGAUCGAGUGUUUUCGAAAUUUCCCGAUUGUUCAGGAUGGGGGUAACAACGGUCCGAGAAGUGACACAAGAGGUAACGAAAGUUUUAUGGGAUGAGCUACACGAGACGUUCAUGCCCGAAGUCACUGAGGAUAAGUGGAAGCAGUGUAGCGAUGAAUUCGAAACCAAGUGGAACCUUCCUCACUGCUGCGCCGCGGUGGAUGGAAAACAUAUUCCGAUACGUUGCCCUCCAAAUUCCGCAUCGUUAUACUUCAACUAUAAAAAACAGCAUUCUAUCGUACUUAUGGGAAUGUGCGACGCAAACUACAACUUUGUAGCGGUGGAUGUUGGAGCAUACGGAGGAAACGCCGACAGCAGUGUCUUCAGCUCGAGUGAAUUCGGUCGCCGUUUGUUGCAAGGCCGCUUGGGGCUACCUCAAGCCACGGCUCUUCCAAAUGGACAGCUAAUGCCCUACUUCAUAGUCGGGGACGCCGCAUUUCCCCUCAAAACCAAUCUAAUGAGGCCGUAUCCAGGACGUAACCUACCUGCCGUGCAAGAACAUUUUAAUUACAGGCUGUCACGUGCCAGAAGGGUGAUUGAAAAUGCCUUCGGCAUUUUGGUUUCUCGGUGGCGCAUUCUACUAUCGCCAUUAUACCUGCACCCUGAAGCAGCCGAUAAUUUGGUUAAGGCCACACUGGUUCUUCACAAUUUCGUGAAGGCUACAAAUGAAACCCAGUAUGCUCCUCCGGGUUACACUGACCAAAUUGGAAGCCAUGGUGAAAUCAUUGUGCCUGGAGACUGGCGGUUAACAGCGGAACCUCUCAACAGCGUAGAAAACAAUUUUGUGCAACGUGGGAAUAAUGCACCUCGCAGUGCUUAUGAAGUACGGGAUUCCUUGGCACAAUACCUUUUCGCAAAUAAUAUUUUAUUAUAAAGUUAAUUAAAAAUAAAUAAUAAAAAAACUAUUUGCAAUCGGAAUAAAGCAAGCGUAUACUGAGUUGUUUUACAGUGAAUGGAAAACUAUGAGAAAACGUUGAAUUUUCAGACGAAAGUUUCAUGGAUGCUUCUUCUUCUUCUUUCUGGCAUUACAUCCUCACUGGGAU